AUGAAUAACAUAAAAUUCCUUCGUUUAUUGAGUAGAACACGAUCAGUAUGGGCUGGCUACGACAAACAUCCGUGUUUCGUACAACUGUCGGCCACGAGAACUAUGCAAACGGGUGUGUCUAUAUCUCAAAUCAUGAAGGAGAAGGAGGUGUUCCAUGACAUACUGCCUGGUAUCAUUGAGAACUUGCAGGCUAGCUCUAAGAUAUCAAAACAGCCUGAAGUGGCUGCCUGGGUUAAGCAGGUGCUAGAACACAAUUUGUCCGGCGGCAAGCAUUCAAGGGGAUUGAUUACGAUGUUAUCAUACGAAAUGCUGGAGAAACCAGAAAGCAUCACCGACGAGAAACUCAAGCUGUCUCGAGUACUCGGAUGGUGUGUCGAAAUGCUUCAAGCGUACUUCAUAGUAGCGGACGAUAUAAUGGACGGGUCGACGACACGGCGCGGCAUGCCAUGCUGGUACAGGAUGCCGAACGUCGGGCUCGGCGCCAUCAACGACUCCAUACUGAUUUACUGCUCCAUUAUGGAAACAUUGGACACCUACCUCGGGAAGACACCCCACUUCGUUAAUGUUGUUAAGCUUUUUAAUGAGGCGUUAACAUACACCUCAAUGGGCCAACACCUGGACUACACAACGGCGAACCACAAGAAAGACUAUAGUCUUUUCACAGUAGACCGUUACGCGUCUAUUGUGAAGUACAAGACUAGUUGCUACACGUUCCGGUUGCCCAUACUGUUGGGGCUGUCUCUUGUCCAAGAUGUAGACAAAGCGAUAUACCCCGAUGUUAACGACAUUUGUAUGAAGCUUGGCCAUCUGUUUCAAAUGCAGGAUGAUUAUAUCGACUGUUACGGCGACGAGACAAUAACAGGCAAGGCGGGGACAGAUAUACAGGAAGGUAAGUGCUCAUGGCUAGCCGUGACAGCGUUAAAGCACUGCAAUGAAGCACAGAGGGCGAUGUUCGCUCAAUACUACGGCAGGAAGGAACCAGAACACGUCGCCAUCAUCAAACGACUCUACGACGAACUUGGACUACCAGAAAUAUACCGCGAAGAAGAAACCUUAGUAUAUGAUAAUAUAAUGAACAAAGUACGUUCAUUGCCUUCAGAAACAGCCCCUGUAUUCUUCUAUAAACUCAUAGAUAGGAUUUAUAAAAGAAAACAUUAA